UAGUGGUUUCCUAGCAACUGUUUCUAAGCAUUGAGUUGCUAGUAACAGUUCCUUUGUAUUUUUGGUAAGCGCAUUGCCUGUCUCCUUUAAGGGACAUUAAGGAUUCAGCUAAAGUCACAUCAUGUCUGAAGAUCCCACUCCACACCCAUCCUCCCAGGACAAUAAUGAAAGAAUCUUUCCAAAAACAAGCGAUUUCUACCGAGUGAGCAAGGACUUACCGGCUAAGUUUAAUCAUCCGGAGACGUGGCUGCGUGGGUACGGGUAAGUUAUCAGAGGACUGCUUGUAAAAAAAAUCGAACCGAAAUAGCACACGUCAUGUAAAAAUAAGUUUAUAUUACUCUAUAUGGGAUUUCUACAUUAAUAUUACUAUUUACAUUUAAGAUAUAUAUAUAUUUUUUUAUUAUUUAUACCCUCUUAUAUUUGCUGUGUAUUAAUCUUAGCAUUAGAAUAUACCAAGCACACCACUGGCUUCACUUUCCUGGUGACAGUCUAUUUCUUGUCUUUUUUUAAGUAGCUUAGAAAGCAAUGACGAGAUUAAGAGGAAGGGCUAGUUGUCUGACUUUUUUGUACAUUUGAAACAGUUCCAUUUUAAAAAAAAUAAACCGCUUUAAAGGGACACUCCUCAAAAGGGACAAAAAAUAAUUACAAAUAUCACUGUUUAGUAGAAUCCAAAUCAAAACACGCUUGCAUUUCAUUAUGGGUAUAUCUAGAAACAGCUUGCAAAACACUGCAGAUUUAUUAUCUGUAGCCUUUAGACUUUCUGUGGCUGUCCAAUCACAGACUCCCCAAUGCAGCUCAAUGAGAAGUCUUUGCAAGGCAGGUGCUCUGGGCAAUUGCUGCCUCUUGAGUUUAUCUCCACUGAGCUAACCAAACCAGGAAGUAACAUUAUUAGUUGUGUGAUUGACAGCUGGGAGGUGGGGGGGACUAACCAGAUUAAUUUAUGAAUCUCUAUUGAAAUCUGCCCCGUUUGUAAAAUGAAAUAAAAAGGACACACUCUUCACACAUAAAACACUUCAGCAAAUUUUAGGGGUCUGUAUUGUCACUUCAAUAUAUGCAGACAUAUGAAGUAUUCUAUCAAGCUCUAUUGAUUAUUGCAAAUUAGUCUUCAGUGCCAUAAAGGCUGUUAUUUAAUCGACUGAUGAGGAUCUUUAUUUUAUUUUACCUGCUCUAUGCACAACGUGAUGUCUGUUUAUUUCCACGUCAGUAUGCAAUAGAAGAUAUGUGGACACUGAACACACAAAUGCCACAAAAAUCCACACACCACUCUCUUAAUCCCCAAAACAGUGAAUGUAUACAAUACUUGUAAAUACAGGGAUAUGUACUGGCAAUAUUCCGUGUACUUGGACCCUAUAAACACAUAAAACAGUACAUAGUGUAAACUGUAUAUGAGAAUGACAAUAAUAGAAAUAUGUAUGGCACGGCUCUAAAAUUCGGGUACUGUGAAGACUCUGUAUCUAGCCUGUAUAGGCACCCUUGGGCAUUCAACAUAGAGCCUGGCACGGCUCUAAAAUUCGUGAGUGGAUCCAUUAUAUUUCUAUUAUUGUCAUUCUCAUAUACAGUUUACACUAUGUACUGUUUUAUGUGUUUAUAGGGUCCAAGUACACGGAAUAUUGCCAGUACAUAUCCCUGUAUUUACAAGUAUUGUAUACAUUCACUGUUUUGGGGAUUAAGAGAGUGGUGUGUGGAUUUUUGUGGCAUUUGUGUGUUCAGUGUCCACAUAUCUUCUAUUGCAUACUUUGUAUUUAAGGUGUUGGGGAACACUUUUUCCACCACCACCUUUGUGCUUUUUUAUUGUGUAAGCGCCAUUCACUUAUUUAUAUAUUUUUUUAUUUCCACGUCAGGCAACCCUUGUGGGCUGUACACAUUUCGGGGCAGGGUGUUUUAGCUCUAAUGAAGUGUCAGUUUGGCUGAGUUUGAUUGCUAGUGCUCAGCACAUUCCGUUCUUCCAGUGUUAAACUGUUUUGUAAAAAAUAUUAAUGAUAUACAAGGUUCUUUUGAGCUAGGGAACUUUAGGGUAACGCCCCACCAUCACUGAUCUGUGUUGGCGAGUUCCAGGCUUGCUAGAUAGUAAACUAACAGGCAGUGCCCUCUGUUCCUUUUUGUAUCAGUUUGGUUUGUAGUUUGUGUGUAUGCUGUAUAAUUACCAAUGUUCUAUUUUCACAAAUUGUAAAGCACUCUGGAUCAGGACCUUCUCUAACCUUUGUAUUGGUCUGUGUAUAUUGCACUGUCUUUUUCCCAAUUGUACACUGCUGUGGGAUAUACAGGUGCUUUACAAAUGCCAGCAAUAAUGAAAAUAACUGAGUGAAUCCCAAGUGAGCUGAAAUCCAAAGAAAUACUGCCAAUUAAUGCUGUUAAUUUAUCAGCCUGCUAUCCAUGGUUCAGUGCGGAUUUAUAUUUCCUUGGGCACCUGUAAUGAUAAUCUGUAAAGAAUAAAACAGCAUGACUGAUUUUCUAAAACAUGUAAAAUUAGAGACCAGGUGAUAUAACCACAAAGGUUACCUUAACUAAUGGUUCUUGGAUUAUUAAAUAAUUCUGUCUUUUUUCCAGGUCUAAAGAAGGAAAUCCACUCUACAGAACCAGUAAUCAGACAUACGGACGCCGACCUCCCACCGUUCAUGAAAUGCCGGUAAGCAGGAAAAAUGGGGAGAGCCAAAUUCUCUAACAGAAAGUAAACUUAACUUGCUUCAACGUUCCUCCUAGUCCGUUCGUCCUUUCUGCUUUCUCGAUCUGUGUCUCCUAUAAUACAUAGGACAUAGAAGAGACUACCUUGUUUUAUGUAUUUUAACUCGGCUCGUCGUCAAGUUUUGGUCAUCAUGAGACAAUAUCUAUGGAGGCUCCCGCGGCCUCUAUAGACAUUAGUGUUGAAAAGAGAAGAUUGUGCCAUCAGGUAAAUAUAGCUAUGCUCUGCAAUACCCCCAGGCCACCAAGCAAAGACCCAAAUGGUGACAUAGCCGCUUUAAUAUUUUAAAAUGCAAAGACUUAAUCCUUUAUUUAACUGUCAUUUUACGAUCUAACGUAAAAUACAAUUUAAAGCUCUGGAAAAUAUUACUUCAUAGGUUUCUGUGUAAAGACUCAAAAUGUAAAUAUAGGCAUAUGGUUUGCACUCUUUACACACACAUAUUGUAGACAGAUCCUUGUUUACUGCUAUGCCAACCAUAGCCGCCUGUGGGAAUCAAUAAUAGCAUGCAAGCAUUGCAUCAGCCCACAUUAGUAUAAUUAUGGCUAAUAGUUGACAUACAUGAUUUCUGAUGUGAAGUCUUGUCCUGCAUACUGUGUGGUGAUGCUGCCUGCGAUACAUAGGUAUAAAUAUCCAAAAUGUGAUUUUUCGUUAAAAAAUAAAAGUUGUGAAAGAUUUAAUAAAUAAAGUGAAAAAGAGGUGUUGGGUGGAUGAAACGGAGUAUAUGAGACACUAAAAAGACAACAAAGAAAAGGUGCAGGUGAAAUAAAAACACAAAGUGAUGCAGCAAAGAAGGUAGUCCGUGCUACGCUAAGAGCAGUAGGAUCCUCCAGAGACCAAUGAAACAGUGUACCCUGAAUGGUGGGCACUCUGUGGGCUGACCAGGAUGAUUGACACAGCCUGGUGUACAUUCAGCCUGGCUGACAUCUCCGUCCUUAGGGUGAACCAGCCCCCAUUCUGGGCAGGUUUAGUCCUUUGGGCAGUGCCAAUGACAUGAUUUGUGUCUGUGACCCGCCCCCGAUUUACAGGACCCCAACGUUAGGGGUUAUGUGUGGAGAGAAAAUAGAGAGGAGGGCCAGGGUGGAGAGAGAAUAGAAAGGAGGAGCAUGGUGGGGAGAGAAUAGAGAGGAGGGGCAGGGUGGAGAGAGAAUAGAGAGGAGCAUGGUGGGGAGAGAAAAGAAAGGAGGAGCAGGGUGGAGAGAGAAUAGAAAGGAGGAGCAGGGUGGAGAGAGAAUAGAGAGGAGGAGCAGGGUGGGGAGAGAAUAGAAAGGAGGAGCAGGGUGGAGAGAGAAUAGAGAGGAGGAGCAGGGUGGGGAGAGAAUAGAGAGGAGGAGCAGGGUGGAGAGAGAAUAGAGAGGAGGGGCAGGGUGGAGAGAGAAUAGAAAGGAGGAGCAGGGUGGAGAGAGAAUAGAGAGGAGCAGGGUGGGGAGAGAAUAGAGAGGAGGAGCAGGGUGGAGAGAGAAUAGAGAGGAGGGGCAGGGUGGAGAGAGAAUAGAGAGGAGUAGCAGGGUGGAGAGAGAAUAGAGAGGAUGAGCAGGGUGGGGAGAGAAUAGAGAGGAGGGACAGGGUGGAGAGAGAAUAGAGAAGAGGAGCAGGGUGGAGAGAGAAUAGAGAGGAGGAGCAGGGUGGAGAGAGAAUAGAGAGGAGGAACAAGGUGGAGAAUAAAGAAGACGAGAGAGAAUUAAGAAGAGUAAUGACAAUAAAAAAUAUCACUGCUGAACUUUCUCUUUCUUUCCAGACAACUUUCAAUUCGAAAUCCAGUAAAUUCUCAGCGAUUGGCGCAAAAUGUGGAAUGUACAGGAAUAAUGGACUCAACACAAGUAUAGAAAACAGUUAUGUGACAGGCCCGGACAAUCUAAUCACUGUUCAUGACACGCUUAAUUUUCAUAGGAGCUACAACAUGAAAGGGCCUUCUAUAUGACCGAGAGACCACUGACACUCUUAAACUAUAUAUGCUUAAUGAAUAAGUACUGCCUGAGCAUCAAAAUAGCAUGUGUUUGUUUACUGUUUUCCUAUAUAUCUAUUGGCAUUGCAGGAGAAAUAUCCAUUAGUAGGUAUUUAAGUAAAUACAUGCAAAUAUGGAUAAAACAUGGAUAUAUUUUUGUUAGAAACAGAAGAGAAGCAGGUGUCAUUUUCCUGUUAUUAAAAUAUUUUAAGUAUAUUACGUAAAUGUCCUAUUUAUGUGCUAAUUCAGCUAUUCAAACCACAAUGUGUGCUCCAGGGGCUGUGAAAUACUGUAAAGUAGCAACCUUUGGAAUGAUUCCUUAAAGGAACACUCCGGGCACCAUAACCACUUAAUCAGAUUGAAAUUGUUAUGGUGCUAGGAGGUCCCUGACACUGACUUGCGCUCUAAGCCAAUCAGUGGCUUCCCAAUUAUAACAACAGCUUGGGAAAAAUAUGUACGCUUCACAAGCUGUUUCGAUUGGCUGCUAAUCUUCUCUUCCCAGAAUCUUGCUGUACAUAAAGAGAUAAACCCAGCAGACAUGUAGAAAAUUGAUGUUAUGGGAGUAUCCUGAUUAGUUGUGUCACUUCCUGGGUAAAUGAAAUCUCACUGCAGGAGUAGGAAAAAGUCGCGAUUAGCGGAAAAUGCAGAAAUGUCAGCGUAUGAUUUAUUUUAAAUAUGUUUUAUAUGCAUUAGCUAUAAUGCAGUGGAAAACCUAGUGUCAGCUCUGGCCUGCAGUGUCCUUUUAGAGAGCAGGCACCCUGACAGUCUAUUAUUUAUUAUUAUUUGUCCAGUACUGACACAAUUCGGAUGCAACGUUCAGUGUCACAAAUCCCAGCAAACUAAUCUCUUCAUUGCUUUAAUGUAAUCCUGAUCGUGAUCUUAUAUGCCGAGUGUUGUGUAUAGAAAACCAUUUAACCAAUUUGGUGCCAGAGCGCUGGGCAAUGUACUGCUCUCUGCUAUGGCACUUGGAGGGUUAAAAUGAUUGUAUAUGAGUUUCCUUUCAUGAAAUUAACCAUUGCAAUAUACAGCUGGCUCCAUACACCAGAAAAAUACACUUCUGGACUAGUCAUUCUUUACUAUAUAUAAAUAAUACAGAGGAGCACAGAUUUCAAAAUAUUUUUCUGUAGAUGAGCAAAUUGUAUGUCACAAAAAACACAUGCUGGAUUAAUGAAAAAUGUUGUAUUUAAUCCCUUAACCCCUUAAGGACCAAACUUGUGGAAUAAAAGGGAAUCAUGACAUGUCAUGUGUCCUUAAGGGGUUAAAGACACAACUUCUGGAAUAAAAGGGAAUUAUGAUGGAAUAUUUCAGUCAUGUGCCUUAAGGGGUUAAAGGAGAACUAUAUCACUACACAGAACUUGUAAUAUUAUAUUUACAUAUCCUCUAUAUUAACAAACAUGUAUUUGUAAUGUCAGAGAAAUGAAAAUGGAAUGUAGAAAUCUACACCACACGUUAUCCUGCAACUAGGUGCCUCUCUAUCAAUCAUUGUCCAUUAAAGCUGACAAUCAUCAUGGAGGCAGAUCAGGGGCAGAAGCCAGCACAAAUCAGCAUCUCUUCGUAGAGAUAAAUUGAAUCAAUGCAUCUCUAUGAGGAAUGUUCAGUGUCUACAUGCAGAGGGUGAAGAUACUGAAUGUCAGUAACACUGUGCAGCACUGCCCCAGGAAGCACCUCUAACAGCCAUCUGAGGAGUGGCCAGUGGAGGUUUUUUCUCUGAAAAGACAGUGUUUACUGCAAAAAGCCUGAAGGGACUGAUUCUACUUACCAGAACAAAUACAACAAGCUGCAACUUGUUCUGGUGACUAUAGUGUCCCUUUAAGGCCAAAAUAUAUGAAAUAGAAAAAUUCUCCAAGUUAGCUAUUUUGGCCUUAAAUUUGAAAUUCACUUUGAAUCCCCAACAUUUCUCACUUUACUGAAUAACUGACAUACAGUAAGAGAAAAUAAAAAAACCUAUGUUUCUGAUUCUCCUUCUCAAUUGCAAAGUGCACCAUGGCUGAAUUGGAUUGUGAUUACAUAUAACUUUUAGAAAUUGGUGCGUCGUAUGAAAAACAGGUUGACACAAGCUACGGGAGAUUUUCAUUGUUUUAUUUGUAAGAGUUUAAUUGUGUAACUUCAUUGUAAAAUUGCUUUGAGAGAGUCCUCCCCCCAAUAAUUUCACUGUAAGCCCACCUAGAAAAUUCAUAGGUAAGCAAAUGUGUACGAUUACUUAUUGAAACAUAAUCUCAAUGAAAAUACAGUGUAGAUAUGUAACGUGUCGCCCGCGAACAUUAUCAAGGCAAAAGAUUCAGCAAUUUAAAACACAAUGUUUAUCGGGGGAAAAAACAACACCUUUUUAUAAAACAAUUAAAAUAAUAAAUAACAUUUUCUAACAUGAAACUCGAAAGUUUGGGUAACAGUAUGUUCAAAAAAACAAAAAAAAACCAUAAAACCUAAUAAACUUUAUUUGGAUUUAUCAAAAACAUUAAACCCUUCUGGAAGAAAGACAUAUGCAGGGCUCCCAACAGUCUCUGACUUUGGUGGCACUAGACCCGAAAUCGUGAAUUGGGCAUCUGAGGACUCCAGGGAACUGGCUGCACAGUGCAAGUGCAUCACUAGACAGGCUUGUGCUAUGAAGCAGGCACAGGGGCAGGGAUGUAGAAAGCAUUAAACCCUUUAGUAGUACUGUACGUGUUAAAUGUUAGCGGAUAUCUUUUAUCAGAAAACCUGCUACUUUGAAUAUACCAGUUAUCCAGUCAGGUUAAGCUUUAGUUGAAUUAUGCAGCUUUUAAAGAUCCUUUUUAUCUUUAAAUUUGCUUAUUGGUCCGAAGGUGUUCUUCACUUAAGAGUUCAGAACUUUUCAGGGAGCUAAGAAUGUGACAGGUCAAGUAUUACCAACAUUAGUUUUAAGCCUGAAAACUGCCAUUUUAGUGUCAUUUUACAAAACAGUUAUUAUGCCAUACAUGAUAUUGAAACUCAAAGAGUCGCUUGUACAGCGUCACUAAGACCAAAAAGCAUAAUUAGAUUUCACUUUGUAUAUAUAUUAAAAAAAAAAAAA